AUGACUGACGUUCUCGAGAGGCAGUUGAAAGAUAUAACCGAUCCUUUGGCUAUCCAAAGCCUUUCCCAGGGUGCAGAAGCCCUGGUGUAUACGACCAACACGCAUCCAUAUCUCCCUGACCAAGGCAGCGAGACGCACAAAUAUAUAAUCAAGUACCGACCUCCAAAACCGUAUCGACACCCGACGCUGGACGGACAAUUAACAAAACAUCGAACACUGGCUGAGGCCCGGAUCCUACAAAAGUUGCAAAUUAUCGGUGUUAAUGUUCCUAAACUUAUCUAUGUAGACCCUAGAAAGGGUGUCAUCUGGAUGGAGUACAUUUAUGGUAAGAGCGUCAAGCAGUGGAUCUGGGAUGAAGAAAAUGCUGUUGAUACAAAAGAAAUAAACGGCACCGGAGAAUCUGCGAUGGUGAAACCUGUUCUUGUAUCGGUAGGAAGACAAAUUGCUAAACUGCAUCUUUCGGACUUGGUGCAUGGUGAUCUGACUACCUCCAAUAUCAUGCUGACGGACUUUGACCACGGCUCUACGGCAUCCCUCAAACCUGUUCUUAUUGAUUUUGGACUGGCAAGUCAGGCAGCUCUGGCCGAAGAUAAAGCUGUAGACCUCUAUGUGCUCGAACGAGCUGUGGAAUCUACCCACCCUGUUCACAGUGAUACCUAUAACCAGUGGCUUCUCUCCGGGUACCUAGCAGAGUACGACGAUAAUGGCAAAGUGGGCAAGCAGAAGGCUAAGGAGGUUAUCGCAAAAUUAGAGAAAGUUCGUCUGAGGGGCCGAAAGCGGUCAAUGGUGGGUUAG